AGUUCUGAUCUCUGUGGUCAGCCAUGACCAUAUCAAAUGGUGGUGAAGGGUUGAAUGUCCGCCUAUGCUCCUGCUUCCCUCUUCUAUGUCUCUAUGUGCGCAGCCUGUGGGAUAGUGCUGGUAAUUGGCCUGGGUGUGCAGGCAAUGCUGUAGAGCCAAGAAAGAGGAUGAAACAGAACAGAUAGCUGGAUGAGACCUGACCUUCAGACCCUGUUUUGAGCGUCUGGCCUAACUACCUACCCCCACCCUCCCCCGUGUGUGUGCACACAAUUGCUAACCCCGUGCCCUGCACUGUUGUUUCUCUGUCCAAGCCUCCAUCCUACAACUCCUACACACAGUAUCCGCACACUGUGCUGGUCUUUUAUUCCUUCAUUCACUUGACCACCAGCCCUGGACCCGACAAUCCACCUUACCUGCAGGAAAAUAACUAUACAAAAUCAGUGAUACUGGAAAAUAAACAUAACAGGUUGUACCAGACUUCUGUUUUGAAGAAUAUAAGAUGGACCAAUAUGUGUCUUUUGCCAUUUUGUAUUUCUUUCUUUCUCCGUGAAUAAAAUUUUAUUCAGUCCAUUGAGUCUCUACUCCAGCACCACCUCCCAUGCUCAUUGCUUGUUCUUGGCUCCUAUCCAUCUCCAGGCAGACUAAGGCUGAUGUCAUGUCAGGUGGAUUAAGCACCAAGGGUACAAGAAGCACAAGAAUAUUGUACCAGAAAUAUAGGAGAUGAGUGGUGCCCUGGAGUCAAACGUUUGAUGCAAGGUGGCCAACUGUAUAUUAAGGGAUUGUCCUUUGGUAUUCUCCUGAGUCCUUUGGCAGGAUAGGCCUUUUGCCCCAUACCUCUACAGCUUGUGGGAGACUGAUCCUAUCUUCAAGAGAUAAUUGUAAAAUGCAGCUACAUUGCUAGUGAAGGAUGACUGACAAUGAAAACAGGCAGCCAGAGGCUACAGGAGGGGGUCUGUAUGGAGAGUAUAUCUCCAACCCACUGAUGAGUGACACUGCAUCAGACUGGUCCCCACUUCAUGAUGCUGCUAUUCAUGGACGUCUCAUCUCACUCCAACAACUCAUCAGCCAGGGCUAUGGUGUAAAUCUCCUCACAAUGAACAGAGUCUCACCGCUCCAUGAAGCCUGCCUUGGUGGACAUUUUACCUGUGUAAAAUACCUGUUGGAGCAUGGCGCUAAGGUAAAUGCAGCUACAAUUGACUGGAACACUCCACUCUACAAUGCAUGCUACAGUGGCAGUGAGGCCUGUGUGAACCUGCUGUUACAACAUGGAGCUGAGCCCCAAGGACAAUGUGCAUUGGCAUCACCCAUCCAUAUAGCAGCAAAGCGAGGUCACAAGAAGUGUAUGACUACCUUGUUGAAUCAUGGGGCACUCAUUGAUUACGGUGUCACACAUCUGGGGACACCCCUUUAUGUAGCCUGUGAAAAUCAGCAGAUGGACUGCGUGGAAACCCUCCUAAACUCAGGUGCCAACGUUAACAUGAGCAGAAACCUUGAAUCUCCACUUCACGUGGCAACCAAGAAUUCUGAUGCACAACUAGUCAAUCUACUGCUAGAACACGGGGCAGACACUGACGCUAAGAACGCUGAAGGAAAGCGGCCUGUGGAACUUGCAUUACCAAACAGCUCUUUAGAAAAAUUACUUUUACAAUGGGAAGGUCCACUGUCCUUGAAACAGUUGUGCCGACUGUACAUUGGAAAAUGUUUGGGUCAUUCUCGGCCUAUUUCUAUAUCCAAGCUACCCAUCCCACAGCAGCUAAAGGACUUCCUGUGCUACAGAUAAUUAUCUGAGACUUGUGUAAUUGCACCACACAUCAGAAACUCAUCUCCAAGUGUUAGGAGAUGUACCUUUUUAAUUUGAAAUAAUACUUAUCAAACUCUAUUCCCAUAACUGCAGCCUGAGACCACCAGUAACGAUUAUCAGCUGUGCCUGUCCACUUCGCAGUUGUCCUUUUUAAUGGUCCAUCUCCCGUCCCCUACUUUUAGGUACUGAUCUGAAGGUCAGUGUUAGUGUGACAGUAGUUCAGUCUUCAGGAUUACAACAGCCAGCAGCAUGAUUGUCCAUUAAGAAUCUUGCAGUUUACCCACUGCAAAUCUAGCCCUUUAACUGUAAGCUAGUCCCUAGUCUUGACUUCUGUCUGGGACCUACUGGUACCGUUCCUUUCACAGCCACAGCUAAGCAUAAUUUUGAGGUAUUCACUUCUGGAGCUUAAGAAUUGUAGAUCUAGCUGUGAAGAAAUACAACAUUAUGAAAAUGCUCAGCAAGUCGGGCAACCUUUGCAGUAAGAAAGUUAACAUUUCAGAGCAGCAAACUGUAAUCCUCGGUAUUUUGCUUUUGUUUUCAUUCUUCUGAUACCCUAUUUGAACUCAAGGACAAUGGCACGUUUCAAGCCUUGCCACAAAAGAAGUUGGGAUUAUGAGAGAUUUUCAUCUUCAUUCACUGCAUUGGUAAUUCUUCCUUUCGUGUCCUUCUGAUCUGUUAAUAUCUUUAAUUCCCCAACAGAUGCUUUAGUUUAUCAGUAACCUUGGUGCAAGGGAUCUGCAAGUGAAUCAGGACAGUCUUCAGGAUUCUAUUAAUCCCCGUGGUAGGAAGCAGCUCUGAGUUUAAUGUAAAAUCAAAAUUAAGUAGUAUUUCUUCGUUCUUAUUGGGUUUGUGAGGAUUAGACUUAAAAAAGACUUUGGAGAUGGAGGCUGAAGUGCUUUGUAAAAGGAAAUAUUUUAGUAUCAUACGGAAAGGGACAUUCAGCCUGAGCCUGCUCCUACAAAUAGUAAUGUCAAAUUGAAUCCCGUACCCCUCUACUUUUCCAUGACCCUGCGAGCUAUUUAUCUUUGAACAUAUUAUCUUUUGAAAGUUCCCAAGGAAUCUGCUUUCACCAUCCUUUCAGCACACAAAGCUGUGAAAAAGCAUUUCUAAUCUGACUAUCAACUUUCCUACCAGAGGAAACUUUCCUUUGCCCAUUGAAUGUCUCAUUCUCUUGGGUCCCCCCAUGCCCUUCUCUGUUCUAAAGAAAGCAAUUUGAGCUUCUCCAGUCUCUGCACAUACUUGAUGUCCUUCAUCUCUGCCAUAAUAAUGCCAUUUGUAAUGUCUCUAAGUCCUUUACAUCCUUUCUAUAGUGUGGAAGGCCAAGUAUCCUGCAUGUUGUAUGCUGCUUUCUUAACAGCCUUGUCAACUUGCCUGCCUUUCUUUUAAGAUUUGAGAGCUUCACCCAUUUACCUGAGGGUCUUCUGCUCUUGCACUGCCUGUUGUUAAUAACCUUUACAGAAUACUGCAUCUGUUUCCCUCGCAAACUGCAUUGCUUCACAUUUCACUACUAUUGCCGUGUGUCUUCUCAAUAGAUCAGUCUAUGUCCUCCUGAUAUCUGCUACUAUCCUGCUCACUAAUGAUACUGAACUUAGCAAUGUAGUAAUUAACAGACUUCAACAUUGUGCUCCUCUCCCCAGGUGCAAGUUAUUUAUGUGGAACAAGAAAAGCAAUUUUUCUAAUACUGAUACAUGGACAGACCCCACUGCUAACUGCUUUCCAGACAGGAAAGCAUUUGUUUCUCAUUAACCUCUAUCAUUUAGCCAAUUACACACCCUAAUUACCACCAUCUUUUUUAAUGUUGUUUCUGUAGUCUUUCCAUAAUUCCAUCGUAGCCUCCUUCUGCAACCUAAAAUGCAUCUCAUCUAGACCUAAAAUAAUUAAAAAUUGUAAUGUAUUCAACUUCCACUUUCGUAAAAUCUUCAGUAGGUUGUUAUUAAAAGACAACAAUAAAAGUCUUUGCAGAAUUCCAACAUGGUUGUGACAGAUACUGAGGUAAGAAUCAUUAAAGUCUGUCUGUGUCUCUCUCUCUUUCAUAUAAUCUGGAAGCAAUGAGUACCAAAAAUAUUGAACUUCCCUUCCUUUUCCAACCCAUUUGUGGUUUGUUAUUGAGAUUGAGCAACUCAGAAUUUUUAUGUACUGGUCACCUUUUGUCCUUGAACCACUGUCAAUAAGCUUUAACAAAUAAUUAUGGAAUCUUGCUGUGCACAACUUAACCACAUGUUUGUCUACAUAACAGCAGUUGCAAUUCAAAGCUGU